AUGUUGUUCGCCAAGUCUGCUCUUUUCUUGUCCUUUUUGGCCCUCGGAAAUAUUGCCGCCGCUGCAGGCCCUAAGGCUUGCCUUCUCGAGGCUCUCGGCACUGAGCCAAGCCCCGGUGAUCUCAAAGCCGUCUGUGUUGAUAAAGUGCAGACCAAAAUCGAGAGCCUGUGCAGCGAUGAUGACAAGCAAGACGCUCUGAAGCAGUUCGCUGACACCUGCACCGCUGCUGGACACAAAGUCGUCGUCAACACCUCGACCUCUUCAAGCGCCUCUUCCACCGGUACUUCCACUGCCGGUUCCAAGUCAAGCAGCUCCGGCUUUGUCACUGCUACCGCUACCAGCACUUCCAGCUCCGGCUCUAGUACCUCCGGCUCUGAUUCUGUUACUAACCCCAGCUCGACCUCUUCUUCCGGAGUACCUCUUCAUACCGCCAAUGCCGGCUCGUCUGAUAGGCAUAUUCCCGCUGCUGCCUUUGCUGCAGUUGUCUUCGUCGGCUUCGCUGCUACGCUGUAA